UAUAGUUUGUUUACAAUCAUAGAAAAGCAAUUUACUAUUCGUACACUCGGCAGUCGGCAUUCUAUGUAAACGUUUUUAAUAGUACAUUAAUAUUAAAAUUAAAUAUUAAUGUUCUUUUGUAGGUAAUUUGAAAUCAAUUACUGUACUGAAGAUUCCAAAAUGUCAAAUUUUCCACCUACCCCUACCAACCCAAAUGUUCAAAAUAGAUUUGGUCAAUACCCAAAUCAAACGUAUCCGAUGCAACAAAGGCCCGGCAUGUACCAACAAGGUGGUCCGAUACCUCAAGGUGUACCACCCAAUGCCAUGAUGGGAGCUCGUGGACCCCCCACUCAAGGAUUUAGCCCUAUGAGACAUGGCGCUGUCCCAAUGGUACCGAACCAGCCAACGCCUGGCAAAAGACCUGCUGAUAAUCGAAAUCCACCUCCCAUGGUCAAGGGUGAUUUUCCUCACAACAUACAAGUUCAAAAUAGCAGUAUUGGAAUGAGCAAAAAAAAGAAAAAAUUGGCAGAUAAAAUAUUACCCCAAAAAGUAAGGGAUCUUGUUCCAGAAUCACAAGCAUAUAUGGAUCUAUUGGCAUUUGAAAGAAAACUCGAUUCAACAAUCAUGAGAAAAAGAUUAGACAUACAAGAAGCAUUAAAGCGCCCAAUGAAACAAAAACGUAAAUUGCGUAUAUUUAUAUCAAAUACAUUUUAUCCUGCGAAAGAGCCUGGAGAAAAUGAAGAAGGAAGUGUCGCUUCUUGGGAAUUAAGAGUUGAAGGGCGUUUAUUAGAAGAUUCUAAAAAUGAGCCAAAUAAGAUAAAAAGAAAAUUUUCUUCUUUCUUUAAAUCAUUGGUCAUUGAACUUGAUAAAGAUUUAUAUGGGCCUGAUAAUCAUCUAGUUGAAUGGCAUCGAACUGCAACAACUCAAGAAACUGAUGGAUUUCAAGUGAAACGACCGGGAGAUAAAAAUGUACGCUGUACUAUUUUAUUGCUGCUUGAUUAUCAACCAUUGCAAUUUAAAUUGGACCAACGUUUAGCUCGACUUUUGGGUGUUCAUACUCAAACCAGACCAGUCAUUAUAAGUGCUCUCUGGCAGUUUAUAAAAACUCAUAAGCUACAAGAUUCACAUGAAAAAGAAUAUAUCAACUGUGAUAAGUAUUUGGAACAAAUAUUUAAUUGUACCCGUAUGAAAUUUGCUGAAGUCCCACAGAGACUUAAUACUUUACUUCAUCCUCCUGAUCCUAUUGUAAUUAAUCAUAUUAUAAGUGUUGAAGGUGUUGAACAAAAACAAACUGCAUGCUAUGAUAUUGAUGUUGAAGUGGAUGAUACUUUAAAAGCACAAAUGAAUAAUUUCUUAUUAUCCACUGCUAGCCAGCAAGAAAUACAGAGUCUAGAUAACAAGAUCCAUGAAACAGUUGAAACAAUCAAUCAGUUAAAGACAAAUAGAGAAUUCUUUUUGAGUUUUGCUAAAGAUCCUCAACAAUUUAUAUAUAAAUGGAUAAUCUCACAAACAAGAGACUUAAAGACGAUGACGGAUGUAGUUGGAAAUCCAGAAGAAGAACGAAGAGCAGAAUUUUACUAUCAACCGUGGACACAAGAAGCUGUUAAUCGUUAUUUCUAUUCCAAAGUUCAACAGAAACGGGCAGAACUUGAACAUCAGUUGGGUAUUCGUAACUCAUAA